GUGAUGGUGGAGAGGUGAGAAGGGCAGACUUUGGACCCACUUUACCCACUUUGCUCUUCUUCUUCACCACCGGCUGCAGCGCCUCGGUCUGUCUCUUUUCCCCUCGUGGAAAACAUGAUUGAUUUUGCCCCUUUGGAACUGCCCCUGCACAGGAGACUGCAGACGGCUGCGGUGCUGCAGUGGGUCUACUCCUUCCUUGGCCUGGCACCCACCUGCAUCUUCCUCUUCCUUUACCUGCUGUUCACUCGCUUCUGGCUGAUCAGUGUGCUGUACGCCGUGUGGUGGUACAUUGACUAUGACACGCCUGCACGGGGAGGCCGCAGGGUGCCCUACUUGUGUGGCCUCAAACUUUGGGACCACAUGCGGGAUUAUUUCCCCAUCAAGUUGGUGAAGACGGCUGAUCUGGAUUCCAGGCACAACUACGUCCUGGGCUUCCAUCCCCAUGGCGUGUUGGUGGCAGGAGCCUUUACCAACUUCUGCACCUAUGCUACAGGCUUCAAACAGCUGUUUCCUGGCCUCACCAGCUACCUGCUCAUGUUGCCACUAUGGUUCAGAGCCCCAUUCUUCAGAGACUACAUCAUGUGUGCAGGUCUGAUUCCUUCAGACAAAGACAGCGCCAGCUAUGUGCUCCGCAAAAAAGGUGGUGGUCAUGCUGUUGUAAUAGCAGUCGGUGGGGCCCCAGAGGCCCUUGAUGCCCACCCUGGGACCUACAAUGUACUACUGGCUAAUAAGAAAGGCUUCAUCAAAAUUGCGAUGGAGCAUGGUGCUCAUCUGGUGCCAGUCUUCUCCUUUGGAGAGAAUGAAGUGUUUGAUCAAGUAGAAAACCAAAGAGGAACCUGGCUUCGAUGGACGCAGGAGAGGCUGCAAAGCUUCAUGGGUAUCUCCCUGCCUCUCUUCCAUGCACGUGGCGUUUUCCAGUACUCCUUUGGUCUCAUGCCGUACAGAAAACCCAUCACUACAGUAGUUGGACGACCGAUUAGGGUGGAGAGGAAUGAGAAGCCAACGGCCGAGGAACUGGAUGCCCUCCACCAGCUCUACAUGGACGAACUCAGCAAUCUGUUUGAGGAGCACAAAGGCAGCUUUGGAGUGGAUAAGGACACACAUCUGAACUUUGUCUAAACUGGGCUGAUAAUGAAAUUGAUUUGAAUGCAUAUUUAUUUUGAAAGCUCAGAUAAUUUUACUUUUUGAUUGCCUCUGUAAACAUGACUGAGACCUGGCUGUUCAUUUAGACUGCUGUGUGGGGAAUUGCUGCAGAACACUGAUGACAGAAAUUUUCCUCACCAUCUCCCAGCAGUGGCAUCUGUCUGGGGUUUUGGACUUUGUGCAAGACCUGACACUUUCUCAAACAGAGUCAUAGGUUGAAUUUAGGUUGCAACAUCAUUUGGAGACACUGUCAUACAUCGUCAAUAAUUUCAGGAUCGGGUGUCUUUCUGAAGGAAAAUAAAAAUAAUUUAUACACAACUCAA